UUCAGCAAAGGCCAGCAUCGCCACUCCAAAGUGGCAUUCGCCAUUCGUCUGUGAACUUGUACAAUAGUGCUCGCCUCACAAAUCUCGCACGACCGACCGGACGGUGGUGUACACGCGCUCUCGCGGUGGUUAGCGGCCUAGCGUCUCAACAAAGAAAAGCCCCGAGUCCGUCACGACGGGCGACUAAAAGUGUGCGGUUGUUCUUUUUUUGCUUUCUUGGUUGCCCUCAGCAAGCCCGCGGAGAACGCAUUUCUUGUUCCCGAUUGUAGCGAAUACAAGAGGCGCACACACAGAGAGGCAAGCCGAGAUCCGGAUGUCAGUGCGGAGUUGUCAUCUUUCCCGCAGGAGAACUGUCAAGUGUGCGAGGAGAGUGUCUGCUGGCGACGAAAAGAGCGGAUCUUCUGUUGCAGACAUUGAAGAUGCAUUCCACAGCAGCAGACGGAUCAACCGGACCGGCAUUAUAAACGGAGAAUCCCGCAGCAGCAGCUUCCUAACAACAUGAUACGGUGGUAAACAACGUAUCCGGGAGUACUUACAAAUCUAACCAGUGCAAUUUUAGCGUGUCAAACGGCGAGUGUGCAAUGUGUUGUUAGUUAAUUCACCUCACCCAUCUGACUGUGUGGCGUGGAGGUCUGUGUUUCGUACCCAGUGUGUGUGUGUGUGUGUGUGUGCUGAUGCUUUUUGCAAAUAAAAAGCGUUAACAAAAAUUGUUUUAAAUUUCAAGACACCGUGCUCUACACAACCGUGUGGAAAUAGAAGCAGAUCGACGACCGGCAUGAGACGACCGGCAGUAGUGCAACGGCUCGAUAAUAGAUUGCCCAUCAUCAUCAUCAUCAUCAACGGAAGGUGCUAAGGCUGCCACGACGCGCGUUAGGGUUUGUGUUGUAGCGAAGCGAUCGUGUCGCGCGACACUAUCAUUCAUCCUGCCAGCAGAAGCGAAGAUGCUUCCCCGGGACGUAGCAUGUGUGCGGGAAAAGGAGUGAGUGGGGUUAUGCGUGUGUGCUGCAGCAGGCAGGGGGGCGCAUAACGACGAUAAGCGGUAGACUGCUGCCGCUGCUGCUGUACUCCAGGCAGCUGAAUGCUUAAUGGAGAACGUACUGGUGUGUUGGAUGAUUUGGUUGUAGUGGUGGUAGUAGUAGUGCCUGUCUCUGCUAGAGCGUUGUACGCAGGGUGUUCACUAUUCAAACGCAAACGGCAAUACAGUGGCGCGUGUGUAUGUGAGAGAGCAAUCCUAGCCAAACACACGUUUGCGGCGGCGUUUUGCGCUAAGGAAACGCGUUGGCGAAUCUAAGCAGGCGGCGAUAACGUGCAAUAUUGAAAAUUCAGAGCCGUCGUUACCCAGCAGCAGUAGCAUCUCCUACUCCCUUUAAGGUCGAGAUGAUGGUGCGUUACACAAGAACCCGGCCUGUGUACCGUGCAGCGCGUGAAUAGUAUGUGUGUGGUGUGUGCAAUCCGUGAGAUGUUAGUCAUCCUGCUUCGAUAGUACACUGGAGCCAGGGCUCUGUACUGCAGACAUGUACGACGGUGUACAAAGAUUUUAACGUGUUUCCUGUGUCCUCUUUGUGUUAACGUUUGUGUGAGUGUAAGUGUAUUUGAGUGCGCGCGCGCGUUUAAGGUGUGUGUUUUUCGUUGUUGUUGUUAUUAUUGUUGUUAUUCGGGGCACUCCGUGUUUCGUUCCGUUUGGCAAACGCGGCAGGUCGUGUCUGUGUGUUUGUUUGAGCGUUAUCACCACACCACCUGCUGCCACCUCCUCGGGGCCGCGGUUGAGUCGGCCGCGCAGUUUUUUUGUCGCCAUUCGCGCAGACAGCUCGGCAGCUUUUUAGGCGCAGGCGGUGGCCGCUCUCGUGUACCCUCCAACCUCCCCCUCCAGCCCACGUGUGCAAUGUGGCCGGGUGUGCUGUGUCUGCAGCAGGAGGGAACCCACCGUGUGCUAUCAGCUCACGUAGCGAGUGGAAAAGUGUCGUCGCGUGUGCGUGUGUAUGUGUGUGUGCAAUAGAUCCACUGUUAGUCAUCUGGUGAGCACACCUAACAGUAUGUGAAGAGUUCCGUGCGAAUGUGAUAGAAGAGGAGUAGUAAAGCAAAAAGGAAGCAAUGGCUGGACAGUAAGAACGUAGUGUUGUCGCAUGUGGUUUGGAUGGGAAGUGCGGCGCGCGUGUUUGACGGAAAGAACGCAACCCGUGUGUGUUCUGGUGUGUGAUAGUGAAACGGAGAGAAAUGCAGGAGCAUUGUAACGCGACCGGGAAGAUAGGUUAGAGAAAAAAAAAUAGCAACAACAGCUACCGCCUGUAAUAUAGAAAUAUAGUGUGUCGCCGAUUGUGAAACAACUAGUUGUUGUUUUGGCAUUGUGUAUAGUUAUAAUAUAUAAAUUUCUACAACCACUCGUACGAUUAAGUGCAAUGAGCUAGUUAAGCUUCAGCCAGCUCUGUCUGUUCAACGCUUGUUGUCGGAUUGCCUAGCAACCGACGCUUCAAUCAAUUCGGCAGAAGUUCGACAUUCUCGCCUGCUUUAUUCACUAAAAGUACAAAGCAUCACUCCCAGCCAGUGGUGAUACCCACCCACACACACUCACCGAACUCAUGGGAAGCCGCAGGAGGAGCGGGUCAAGGUGCACUAGCAAACAUUCUGUAACGUAACGUAACGGUAACGGUAAGAAGCAUUACUAAAGAGGCUAGCAGAGCACAACACUAAUAUAGGCCAGCGACAGGCUUUUGUGGCACAAAAGAUACAAAAAAAAAAAACAGAGCUACCUUCCUCAAACACGUCCCUGGCCCAUCAAGCAGUGCGAGGAAGGAACGGGCGACGGCUGGGUCGACGUAUUUGCGCGCUGCGCUGCUGUAUCGCAUCAAUCGCGCCAUCCGGGACAUGGCUAACCCGACGAACUUCAUCCGGGAGAAGGUUAGUGGGCAGCGGUUCCGCUACACCGACGAUGAGUUCAAUCUGGACCUUACGUAUAUUACGCCAAAGAUCAUCGCCAUGGGCUUUCCGGCGGGCAACGUGGAGGCCAUCUACCGGAAUAAUCGCGAACACGUGGUCAAGCUACUCACCCAGCGGCACGACAAAAAGUUCAAAGUGUACAACCUUUGCUCGGAGCGUACGUACGAUCCGAAAUUGUUUCCGUACCAUGCCGAAUAUCCGUUCAAGGAUCAUAACCCGCCGGAUAUCGAACUGAUCGACAAGUUCUGCAAAGAUGUGGACAGCUUCCUGAAUGCGGAUAGUUCGCAUGUCGUGGCGAUCCACUGCAAGGCUGGCAAAGGACGCACGGGAACAAUGAUCUGCUGCUACUUGCUGUACAACAACAGCUUCCAGACAGCCCACGAGGCACUGACGUAUUAUGCGGAAAAGCGCACGAAGGAUAAGAAAGGGGUCACCAUUCCUUCGCAGCGCCGCUACGUGGUGUACUACGAGCAGCUGUUGCGCCAAAACCUAACGUACCGGAAGGUGUCGCUCUAUAUUCUUGAGCUGCGCAUCUUUCCCGCCGAUUUGCCGUUGAAGGUAGGCUCGAUCCAGCAGAAGGACAUGAAGGAACCGCUGCCGCUGGUGAAGUUCCGGCGCACGGACCACUACAUAUCGGUCGAGCUCGACUGCUGUAUGCCACUGGCCGGCGACGUGAAGGUCGAGUUUCGACCGAACAAACUCGACAAAGGGUGGCACUUUUGGUUCAAUACGUUUUUCGUCGAGCUAGCUGGUGCCGAAGACCAAUCACAGGGCCGAUUCGUCCUGACACUGGACAAACAAGAGAUUGACGACGCGCACAAAGGUAGCGCCAAAAAGUGCCCCGAACAGGUGCAAGUGUUUCUCAAUCGACGGGGUGAGUGCGUUGACACGAUGGACGCCCGGCCUGUGCCGCAGUCAGUGGUCGAGGGACCGCAAAAGAACGCUACACACACGAACAACCACCAUCACGUCGUGCCGUACCAGCAUCACACGGUACAGCACGAGCAGCAGCUGCAGCAACAGCGCCAGUACCUGGCUAUGCGCGAGCAGUCGAACCGGAGCCAAUCGCUGAUCCCUAGCUCCAACUAUACCGACCCACAGCAGCUACACCACCGAUCGGUGAACAACAACCGUGCAUCGUUGGGAGGCAACCAACAGAAUAGUGGCAUUUUUUACGGUAUCGGUAUGAAGACUGCGGACGUUGAACAACGGCAGGCGGCACAACAGCAGAAGCAGCAGCACCAGCAGCAGCAGCAGCUUCAGCAACAGCAGCGGCAGCUGAACCAUUCCGGCGGCUCUUCCGAGGGUACCGACGAAGACUGGGAAUCCGGUGAGUGUCAAACAGUAGUAUCGGAAACCAUGUGCAAAUCAAGAACAACAGCUACCAACUCAGCAACAACCGCGAAUACAGCAACAGCAACAGCUACGAUUACCUCCGCCACUGCUACAGCAACAGCAGCAGCAACAACAACAACAACAAUCCCCAGUACAACAACACCUAAUACCAAACCCAACCAAAACAACCGCAGUAGUAGUAGUUCCGUUUUUCCAUCAUCACCACCACCAUCCGCCAUCCGGGCAGCAGCGACGGUGGCCGCAGCAACUGGAGUAUCGGUAGCCAGCAGCAGCAAACCCCGCCUCAUCUCCUCCCUUCCCUCCUCCUCCGCUCCUCGUCGUUGUAUCAGCGACAACGAGAACUACCUUCUUACCCGUAGUAGUUGUGGGCUCAUCACUAAAAGUAGUCAAAGUAGUUACGAUCAGCUCGUCGAACACGAACAACAACUUCCCUUUAGUAGCGAUAGUAGUUCUACUACCACCACCAUCAUCACCAAUACACCCAACCAGACUUUUAACCAAAUCGGUCGGAUCCAUCCGAUCCAAAUGCAGCCGGUGGCGGCCACACCACCACCAUCACUGUCACCGCACGGUGAUGAUGAUGAUGGCCUAUUCCGACCUGGUUCGGAUAGCUCUUCGCUGGCCGUUAUGCUGUACGAUGCCGGUGCGCUACAGUUUGCAGGUGCCAGCGGUGGAAGCGAUGCACGUGCGUCGCAAGAAUCUCACGCUUUGCUUGCCGGUGCAACUGCUGCCGUGGUAUUGCCCGGGCGGGAGGGUACGAUAGGGCAUGGUAGCGUUGGGGCGUCUAGCGUUAAGGUAAGCGCUUCGUCGGAGGACCAACUUGCCGACAGCGGCAAGAGCGGAGUUGCUAGUGGAGGUGCCGGUGGUGGUAGUAGCGGGAAGAGCAAAUUCUCGUCCCCCUCGCCGUUCCACCGGUUCGGGAUGGCCAUGCGGCGCAAGAAGAAACGGUCGCUGAAGCUAAAGCACGCUGCCGGCAGUGGCAAUGGCGCUCUCGGUGGGAACACACUGUACGGGUCCUGCGCCAGCAAUCUGUCGGGCGUAUCGAUGGGCAACGGGUCGGCCAAGGGAAAAGGAUCCGGUGGCGGUGCCGGCGAUGCCAGUGGAGGAAGCAGCGGCAGCAGAACGAAGCUAAAGUUUCGCUGGCUGCGCAACAUGCGCAGCGAUCCGAACUUGAAGGAAACGCUGGCCAAGAGCGUGCAGCUGCGCACCACCAAUCCUCUCGGCACGGGCGCCAGUUGCAUUGUCGGGGAAGCGGCGAAGAGUACCGAGCGCAGCACGGGCGGCGUCACCAUUCCCAAGAGCCCGACGGUGCCCUCCACAAAGAUGCCCAUACCGAACGUCCCCGGUACGGCGAGCGACGCGGUGGGAAGCUUGAAAGAGAUCGCUGGCUGUAAUCUGCCCACCGAUUACUACUCCUUUCUCUGUGAUAACCAGCUGAGCUACGAAUCUCCGGGCAAAAGCCCGGGUCAUCUGAUGCGGCUAGAGCUGGCGCUCGCGCGUCGUCCGUCCACCAUCGAGGAGGUGCUGCUGCAACCGGCCGGACCGCCGACACCGCCGCCGCAGCCGCCUUCUCCUCCUCCUCCGGCUCCGCUGCUCUCAUCGGCACCACCGGCAGCGAUCACCGUGUCGGACACCGACUGUAGCGUGGUGAAGCCGAGAGCGACGAACGUAAAGAUCGGAUUCAACGUCAGUCCGGUGCCGCCGGCGUCACCGACCGAAGGCACCAGGCACAGUUCGAUCGAGAGUUCGUUUGAGAUUAUCAACAAAAGCGAUGCGCCGUUGGACGCGGCAGAGGAGCAUCUAUCGCCCGGUGGCGGUGACAGUGGGACGCUCGUUGCAGCCGGCAGCGGGCACAGCUUCUGUAACAAACUGCUGCAACACAUCGUUACCUCGGUAGGUGGUGGAAGCAAGGCAAAGGAUUCGCCGGUGCCGAGCGAAACCAGAAAGCAGGACAGUGAUGAACGGUUCGAGUGUCCCACCGCCACGCACAGCUCCAGUCGUUCGUCGUCUUCAUGCUCUUCACUGGCGGUGGCACCAUCAGCAGCAGCCGUCGCAGUACAAGCAACCGGCGGAAGUCCCGUCCUUGCCCGCAGCAACCGUUGCGCACCGUUCUCGUUCCGCGAGCUUAGUGCCGAGCUGCGCGCGGCCAUGAAGAUACCGAUACCGAAGCAUCGCUCAGCCACAGCAGCGGCAACGGGGCCGGCGGCACCAUCGUCCUCGUCCUCCUCCUCCUCCUCGUCGAACAUUGCGGCCGGCGGUGGCUCGACCGUUCGUUCAAUCGAACGUACCUUGAGUGCUCCCGUAGCAGUGCAAACGCUCGAUACCAGUGGGCCCGAAUGCGAGAUCGCUAGCUUCCCAUCAUCUGCCGGCAACGGCACCUCCACUAGCAACACCACCAACGCAGCACCACCACCCUCCAUCAUGCUCAAUCGAUCGCAGUCCGAUCGUCAGCUUGGUGAUGAUCAUAGAUCAAGCCACCGAUAGCAACUCGGGUCACUCGCUACCGCGCCGGAAGUGGUGUCCUUCCUGUUGAUUUUUUCCCCGUAGAUUUUCCCUUUCUUGACACACAUUACCACCACACACCCCCUGUGACCCCUACCAAAACUCGCUUCAUACAUACACACAAAAUUACACUCACGCACACACAUACAACUAGACAUGCUGACAACCACGUUCGUUCGUUUGUAUCGAGAGAAAGAUUGGAGUAGAUAUAUGCAACAAAUGUAUCUUUAUAGUCUUUCCGUUACACAAAACAAGUCGCGUGUGGAUUUAUAUGAACAGUAUCGCAUUCACAGUAUCGUUUCGACCUGCAGACACAAUCGACUAUAAAUGGACGUGUAUGAGCGGAGAUGAGGUGUGUGAGCAGAGACAGAUGAAAAGAGAGAGAGAGAGAGUUUAUAACAGCUAGUACACAUUUCAAUUGGCAAGCAUUGCUGUGAUUUAAAAACGUUCGAUUGUUGAAGAAACGAAAUAUCGAGUAAGAGAGAGAGAGAGAGAGAGAGAGAGAGAGAGAGAGAGAGAGAGAGAGAGAGAGAGAGAGAGAGAGAGAGAGAGAGAGAGAGAGAGAGAGAGAAAGAGCGAAAGAGGUAGGGUCGAUAAAUAAGUAUAAUAUGAUAAGGGAAUAGUACGUAGUAAGUCCGAAUGCUGUUUAUUUUAAUGUGCGCAGUGGAGAUGUGUAACGUGGCUACUUAAGAGAAAGCUAGAGAAAGCAUAUUAUUUGUUGUAUUAGUGUUUUGUUCUAAUUUCGAAAUCGAAAUUUAGUGAGUGCGUGUACAAACAGAGCCCUGUGUGUUGUGUGGUAGCUGCGCGGGUCACGAUUUUAGCAAGUAGAGAAGAGCAGGAAGUACAAGACACACAGAUCGAUACACAAAGCUCAUCAUUGAAACCAUUUGAACGAAGCAACGAACCUGUGCGGCAGUUUCAAAGAUAAAUCGGUUUAGUUAAUGAUGGUCAA